AUGCCGGGCAUCUUCUUCUUGUCGGGCGAGACAGCCCUGAAUGAAGAUAACGAGGAAGAGGCCACCAUCAACUUGAGCACGAUGAACAGCCUCUUUGCCGGAAAGCUGCCGUGGCAUUUGUCUUUCUCCUAUGGCAAAGCCUUGCAGAAAACCUGUAUCGUCACUUGGCUGGGAAAGGCCGAGAACGAUGCAGCUGCGCAGAAGGCCUUGAAGGCGCGAGCCAACGCAAACUCCGAUGCAGUCUUCGGCAAGUACAAGAAGGGCAGCUGUGCCAGUGUUGGCACGGAUGGCAACGUGAUGCAGGCAGCAGGACCUUACUGA